AUGUUUAUAUCACCAUGUAUUUUAUUAAAUUUUAACUGUUCGUUCGUUUGCAUAUUUUUUACUGCUCAGUCAGUUUCGUCUUGUCAAUUUUUCGAUUCUUUUUUUUUUUCUAUUACAAUUUCAAUAGUUUGGUAUUAUAGGACAAUAAAAAUUAUGCCCCCAUCUAAGAAACGUGGUCCAUACAAAAAACAUCUUUUAUUCGGUAGUGAUGCUGAAGUUCCAAAAAGAACAAAGAAUUAUUGGAAAGCUAGAGAGCGAUCUAGGAAUUCCUCAGUUAGCGCCGAUCAUCCAUCUGAUGACAACAAUAUAACAGAAAGCACUGCGCCUGACCUACAAGCUGUACAAGAUCACCAUGAAAUUGAAAUGGAUUCUCUCGAGCAAUCUUCUUUAUCUUCAACAAUGAAUGACACUGUUGAUGAGGGCAACGUUUCGACGAAUUGUAUUCCUGAAAAUAAUAUUGAUGAGAGAAAUGAGCCUGAUUAUGGUGUUCCCGAAAAUGAGGGAAAUGAAUCUGAUGAGAAUUACCAUAAUUACAACUACUAUUCGUUUAGCAACGAAAAUUCAUCAGAUGAUUCUUCCGGAAGUGAAGAUGAAGACAAUAGCGAAAGGUUAGCCGGUGACAAUGAUGCUCACGUUUAUAUUGGUUCUCCUCAGCAUAAUAACUCUGAUGAGCAAAUAAAUGAUCAAGAUUUAAACAGUACUAUUAAUAGUUAUAAAGAAAAUAUAUUCGAUACCUAUCGAAAUUCAUCAUUUGUGUCCAUUAUGUGGAGUUUACGUUGGGGCUGA